AUGGGAUGCAAUAACACGAAAGAGAAACAAAAACACAAGUUUCAGAAUAAACCUGUGAUUCCAGAAAGAACACAGUCAUUUGUGCCAGUGAGAACGAGGAGCAGACUGUCAAAAAUGUUCAAGCCAGAGAGAAAAGUGAAAUCAGCCUGUUCAAAUCAUUCACAGAACGGAUUAACAGACGAUAGUGAUUUCCUGGAAUCAGAUGAAACAAUAGUUUUCAAAGGAUCACCUUCAAAAGGAUCCUCCUCCAGGGAUGAGGCUAAAACACCAAUCGAGCCUUCCACAAGUCCGUUUAUUCGACCGAAGAAUCCAGAGCUACCGAACCUCGCCCUGAGAACUAAACUAUCCGACGCUAGGAUUUUCGCCGCGAAGAACUACAGCAAUUCUUCACAGAUCUCUACGUACAUCUAA